GACCUUCGUUUCUUCGGCGUCUCGGCGCCACCUGCCGACGUUAUGCGACCCGCCUAAACUCGACCCGACUCGAUUGGCCGCGUCGCGCGGUGUCGUGGCCGCGGAGGACCCGCAACGACGACCAGAGGUCCGUGCACAGCCGCGGCGGGCGCGCUCGAAUGCCGGCCCUCUCUGUUUAUGAGAGGCGUCCCGACGCGACCGGCUGACGUCGGCCGGCGGCAAUUUCGACCGCGGAUCCGGAUCGGUUUGGCACGCACGCGAACACGUCGUUGCGCCCGUAGAAGACGAAGAAAAAAGUUUGUCCCUCGGCUUCUCCGUUGGAUGACAACCUGCACAUCGCGCCACGCGCGUCAUCGUCCUGUGACAAAACCUGUAACCCCGUGCUCGUGACGUUCUUUCGACUGGAGUAUACGUGUCGGUUUUGUAUCCUUGGUGUACUAUCGUGUCCGGUGAUCCUGAAGAGGAGCUACGACCAUGGUGAAUGUGGCUCGUUCCGGCGAUUAAAGGACGCUGAAUCUGUUCGCUGUAAGAAGUUUCGAAUGGUUGAUGAAACGAGGACUGUACGAAAGAAAUGAAAACAAAGGAUCGAAGAAUAAGUCGUCAAUAACGCCUUUAAACCUUCUUGGUUCUGGCUCGCGGGCUCAUUAAAUGAAUCCUUGAAGAGAGAAACUGCCCUCGCUCGGAAUAUCUCGUUGCUGAAACGAUACCAUUGAGAAGUUUAUUGUUGAUUAUUCAAACGAAUUUAUCGCGACUCGUUGUUGUUGAUCCAUCGCGCCAGUUAAAUUUGUUGAUUCGCUCGUAUCAAUACCGAGUAUCUCAAAAUUAGCCCACCUUCGAACACUGACGAAAAUUUCUCCAAACGAAGAAUAUUGUUUUCUCGAUGUAAAAUUAACUAUCAUCGAGUAUCCUCGAUGAGAAUAAGAUAUGGAAUUGAUAAUAUAAAAAGAGUAUUUCACGUAUCUUGAUCAACUGUGUGUACAAAGUGGAAAAUUAUUUUCCAAGCUUCGUUAGAUGAAAGCAAAAAUAGAAUUUUAUUAUCCGAAACCAUCGAGUUUCAAUUGUUUGACUGAGAGAUAUUUUAUACGAAGUAACAAGGAGCACGAAAUCUUAAUUAUUGUGUUCAAAUCAGUAUUAAAAAAUCAUUCGUGUAGAAGAGAUUUUUCAACAUUGUUGGAGCUGUAUAAUAGUAUAACGCGAGAAAAUUCUCGGUGGAAACGACAGUUAGAAAGAAGUUCGCAGGGCAGCAGCGUGUAUCCGUUAAUCAGCGAGGGGUAUAUACCGGGUGUGACGAGAGGAGCGGUAAAGUUACGGAACAAGAGAAUUGCGAAAGGCACCGUUAAGGAAUUUCAGGAAGAUCGAGUUCCGUGUGCGAGCAAGUUCCUGAAACUGUUCAACUUGUUGACCCUUGUUACAGACGAGAGAAGAACCAUUUAACGGGCGAGUUAAUAUACUUGAAGAAUUUCCUCGAUUCCUACAAUUUUCUGAACGUGAAAAAUUCUCUCUGGGAAAAGUUAAAUCAAACGAGAUUUCCGAAGUUCAUUAUGUGAAGGCCACUGUUUGAAAAUUCUUCCACUUCGUUCUGAAUACAAUCGAAUUUAUUACUUUGAAGGAAAUCACUUGAAGAAAAUUUCGUAAGAUAAAUACAGAGUUAAAGGAACGUUCGACGAUACAGUGGGAAAAGGUGGUUUUGUAAAAGAUCUGUUGAAAAAUCGAGCCAGGGAACGAGUCAUACACUGCCAGAUGAGUUUAAGAAGGGUCCACGAGGACUCGGCUGACACGUCGUCGAUAUUCGAGUACGAGGACGUGAUAAAGUUAUAAUAACAACGGAAGUUGAGAAUCCUUCACAGUUGCUGUUCUAAAGUCGCUAUUCUAGUUAGCAAACCCCUCCUGAUAUCACAAAUCACAAAGAGAUAUAUAUAUAUAUAUAUAUAUUCAUAUACCUAGAUAUAUGUAUACAUAAAUAUUAUAUUAAUGUUAAUCGAAGUUAUUGCUUGAUAAUUUUCCAUCUGGUUUAUCGGUGGAAACUGUUGACAAUUAGUUGGUGCAAUUAGUGAGGAAACGAUUCCCAACAGAGGGAAAACGUUUAAAAACACGUGGAAAAAUGGCGAUGGUAAUAUCGCCCCGUAGUAAAAUCGUGACAUUAUCGUUGUUGAUUGGGAUCAUUACGCUGGUCGCGUUGAUAAUAACGGGUGUGAUCGGGAUAUGGCACAAAAACGAGAAGCCGACGAAACCUGGCGCGAAAGUGGUCAGCAGCAAACUGCAACAGAUCACCGGAUAUACAGCAACGAAGCACAUCGGACGAGACGAUGACGAAGACAGAAGUGAGGAAAGCAAUCCGCCGCCAUUCAUCACACCCCCUCCUCCGAAUCCGGACUAUAAAGGACCUAAAGGUGAUAAAGGUGAUAAGGGAGACAAAGGAGAAAGUGUUAGAGGACCACCAGGACCCCCUGGUCCACCUGGUCAAGACGAGGGUCCACCUGGUAAGAAAGGAGAACCCGGCACCUGCACUUGCAACGCAAAAGCAUUGAUGGCAUCCUUUACAAUGCCAAAAAUGAUUCAAGGACCUAAAGGAGAGCAAGGAGUACCAGGACAAGAAGGGAAACAGGGGCAAAUGGGGCUGACGGGUGCAGCAGGACCACCUGGGGAGAGAGGACUCCAAGGACCACAGGGUGCUAAAGGUGACAAAGGAGACAUGGGAAUACCGGGACCGGAAGGUCCUCAAGGACAAAAAGGCGAACCGGGUCGUGACGGAAUACCGGGAGAAAAGGGUGCUCAAGGACCACCAGGACCUCCGGGAAAGGGUGAAUUUUCCAGCUACGAUCCCAGUUGGAAACCCCGUGGCAUUUAUAGGACGGAUAGUAUCCCGUUGAGACCAGGGAUGCCAGGCGAGAGAGGUGAAGCAGGCGCUCCAGGAAGUCCAGGACCAAAGGGGGAAUCAGGAGUUGCUGGUGCCAAAGGUAACAAAGGCGAACCAGGGCACAAAGGAUUGAAAGGUGAUCACGGAAAAGAAGGACCGAGAGGAAUUCAAGGAUUCAAGGGUGAACCUGGCGCUCCUGGAGCACCAGGACUCCCUGGUGCGCCAGGUGAAAAUGGAAGACCAGCUGAGAAAGGUGAUAAGGGAGACACAGGGCCAGAAGGAAAACCUGGUCCUCCUGGAGCACCUGGCCCACCAGGUCUAACUGGAGUUAGUGGUCCUGGAGGUGUAAAUGUUGGAGAAGCGGCGUUAAGAGCAAAAGGUGACAAAGGGGAAGCCGGCGCCCGUGGGUUCAAAGGGGAUAAGGGCACCAAAGGCGAGAAAGGAGAUAAAGGUGACUCUGGUCCAUCCGGAAUUCCCGGUGUGAAUGGUAUUCAAGGACCUCAAGGCAACAAAGGCGAGCCAGGCAAGGAUGGAGUUCCCGGAGGAUCAGGAAGCGUUGGAGCAAAGGGCGAAAAAGGUGAGAGAGGUCCACCAGGAGCCACAGCCAUAGCAAGCUCGGGCGAUUACAUCACUGUCAAGGGUGAAAAGGGCGCUGAAGGGAAGAGAGGUAGAAGAGGACGACCUGGAGAACCGGGACACCCGGGACCUGUAGGACCACCUGGGAAGCCUGGAGUUAUGGGCGAAAUUGGAUUACCAGGAUGGGUGAAUAGUAUGAAAGGUCGUCCUGGAACUCCUGGACUUCCUGGACCUGUUGGACCGGUAGGACCCAAGGGAGAAAAAGGAGAACCCGGUACACCGAGCCCUUACGGAGUUUCCGUUGGUGUAAAAGGUGACAAAGGGGACGAUGGUUUCCCUGGAAUUUCUGGACAACCUGGUAGAGAUGGUCAAAGAGGAGCUCCAGGACCUCCUGGACCACCUGGACCACCGUCGCAAGGGAACUACAUUCCAGUUCCUGGACCCCCAGGACCUCCUGGACCACCAGGACCACCUGGGCUAUCUUUAAUUGGACAGAAAGGAGAGCCUGGAAUUGGUAGAAGUCAUAUCUUUGGUGAAAGAGAUUAUUACGGUGUUAGACAAGGAGCCAGAACUAGCCUGGAUGAAUUGAAGGCACUUCAUGAACUGAAACAACUAAAAGAACUAAAGGAACACUUAGGUGCUGCAACCGCUGCAACCAGAGGUCCAUUAGAAAGCACAACAAAGAUUGUACCAGGUGCAGUAACUUUCCAGAACACAGAAGCCAUGACAAAGAUGUCCGCUGUGAGUCCAGUUGGUACAUUGGCUUAUAUCAUUGACGAACAAGCGCUACUUGUUAGAGUAAACAAUGGCUGGCAAUACAUUGCAUUAGGUACACUUUUGCCUAUAACUACCCCAGCACCACCGACCACAUCGCCGCCCCCAGCGAAUCCACCCUUCGAGGCUUCCAACUUGAUCAACCAGAUACCCGUAAAAGCAGAUGGUACAGGGUGGUAUCCGCGAAUGCUACGAAUGGCAGCUCUGAACGAACCGUUUACGGGCGAUAUGCACGGUGUACGGGGGGCUGACUACGCCUGUUAUCGACAAGCAAAACGAGCUGGCUUAAGGGGUACAUUCCGCGCGUUCCUCAGCUCCAGGGUUCAGAAUGUUGACAGUAUUGUAAGACUCGGGGACCGUGAUCUUCCUAUCGUCAACAUAAAGGGAGACGUUCUGUUCAACUCUUGGAAGGAAAUGUUCAACGGGAACGGAGCAUAUUUCUCUCAAAAUCCUCGAAUCUACAGUUUCAACGGAAAGAACAUCCUAACUGACUUUGCAUGGCCAGAAAAGGUAGCAUGGCACGGUUCCCAUAAAUUGGGAGAUCGGGCAAUGGACACCUAUUGCGACGCUUGGCAUUCGAGUAGCUCUGAUCGUUACGGAUUAGGAUCGCCUUUAACAGGAGGACGCCUGUUAGAACAAGUUCGCUACUCCUGUGACAACAAGUUCGCUUUGCUCUGUAUAGAGGUGACCAGCGAGACCACAAGGAGGAGGAGGAACGCCGAAGUUGAGGAAGAGGAGGAUGAGAUGUCGGAGAACGAUUACAAGGAAUACUUGGAUGCUCUGAUGGAGAAUUAACUCUUCUCAUCCUGGCCCCUAAUUAUAACGUAAACAGCAGCAAGAAACAAACAGUUUCGCUCGUUGUUGUGUAAAUAGAAACCGAGAUCAUCAUCUGUCUGAUGGACGAGUGGAAAGCAAUAAAAGGAAAUUAAGCAUCGUUCGAAUCGGUGAUGAAACACACUAUCAGGCAUUGAUCGUCGAUGAUCUCGUUUCUAAGAUCCGUAAAAUCUGUAUCUGUAAUUCCAAAGGUUAUAAUCGCGAGUUAUUAGCCAACGCUUUACACGAAUUUUCGUUCUCUCUUUAAGAAAUAAGACUGAUCGUCUAAACAUCGUUCAUCAGUGUUUCAUAUCGAUUGCCUGUGCUCUUGAUCCAUCGCUGUCGAGUGCCGGAUUAAUCGAACGUGUCGGAAUCAUUAGGAAUUACCCUGCGUCACGAUAAACGUCCAGUUCUUAAACCGUUACUGUGAAAGGAGAUUCUUCGAAGCGUGGCCAAAAUUGGUCGCACCCCGAGUCAUAAUUUAACUGUUAAGAAAUAACGAAACAAAAAUGUAGGAGAAAAUAAAAAGAAGGUAAACUAAACGGGCUGCCGUAACGACCUAAAUAAAAAGUCGGGGUUCGUAUCCGCGAUCAAAUUGCAUUUACACUUUAGCCAAUACAUAUGGGUGUGUAUGUUAGAUGUAAGAAAUCAGUCGAUUAAGAAGGAUUCCACAAAAGACCAUUAUUGAGUUUCUCCGUAAUUCGGAAUCCAGAUUUAUGCUCCGUGUAUCGUUCAUGAUCGAUGCAUCAGUAUGAUACGAAUUGCACAAUGAAUAAAGUUGCAGCUCGCAAAGGUUAAAAUUGCAAGGAAAGUCGUUAUAAAUAAAUUGGCCUAACAGGUGUGUACAAUUGAAGAAAUUGUCAGAACCACUCAACGGUACAGUAUAUACUCUAUUGUCGAAUUUAACAUGUUCGAACCCACUUGGGUAAAAAUUUAUCAAAUUGAAGGAGAAUCGUUCUUUAAGAAAUCCUAAAGUCGUUCAGGAAUUUAAGUCUUACGAUACGUGAAGUUUAUAAUGGUCCAUUGUUAAGAGCUGCCGCUAUCUUAAAUCAUAAUUGGUAUCUGCUUUUACAUCGAGCAUAAAUCCAGUCUAAGUCAGUGUCUAUAAUUCGAAGAUACGAUAUAUUACUAACGUUAAAUCAAUUAAUUAUGAUUAAGUAGAAAGAUCGUCGGUCUAUACUUUUAAGUUUGUCAGCACGCUUGUUGGCGAAUAUGUAUUUUGUAUCGGAGAAUGGAUAUCCCCCUCGAUGCCGUACGUAGAUCUUGACGUAACGUUAUAAAAUCAACUAUCCUUCAGUAUAAUUUGCACCGAGGACCGUUUCAUUUCAAAAUUUUGUAUUAUUUGUACACUUUAUUAUUGUCUUUCUAAAUAAAUGGCGAAAAGUAUA